UUUUAUUAAUGUUUGCUCAAAACUGUAAGCAACAACAGGGCUUAGUAGAAACAUGGAGCUAAAUUUAUUUAUAAGUAUUGCCCUCGGCUGUCUAGUAUAUGUAAUUCUUUUCGGUAAUAUUGACGCCAAUCCAUUAAAAAAUACUGCAAAUAACACAAAGCAAUACGGAACAAAGCUUCGACAAAAUAUUUCUACGCCCCAUACAAAAGUUUUUGACGAUCAUGAGGUCGCAGAAGACAGGCAUAACAUACGAAUGUUUCCGAAACAUAAAUCUCCGACUACCUCAGGCCCGACUAAACUGACCAAAUUCAUCAAAGAUUUGGUGCGACCCCGGGCUGGAGAAGGCGGUGAUGAGACUACAAAGAAAGAUGAAGCAGGUGGAGGAGAUGGAGGAGGUGGAGGAGGUGGAGCUGGAGGAGGUGGAGCAGUUGGAGGAGGUGGAGGAAGUGGAGGAGGUGGAGGUAAGGAAGCGGAUAGUGCAAAGACUAACGGCGAAUGGACUGUAUCGGUGCCCAGAUUCAAAAUUGAUGCCAUGGGCAAUUGGGUCUACAAUCCAUGGGGUGUCACUUAUGGAAAAGUGUGGGAGGAUACGCGUUUUAACAUCCACUCGCUCGUUACCAUCCCACGGAUUAUUGUGGAUAAAUACCCAUACGUCAAUUAUCACCCAUACGAGAAGGAAUUGGAUAAAGUGUGCCUUGCAAAGUCUACAAUCUAUAAUAGACCCAAGGUGAUGGACUGGAUAAAGAUCCACAGAUAUUAUAAUCCGCACAAAAACAGGGCCAUUAUGAUGGAUCUACGAAGGAGUCUUUUUAGAAAGGGAAACCCAGAGGAAUGCCACACAAAUAAUUUUAUUAAGUUUAGGGAUUUUCAUGAAUGCAUGUUGAGGCGACAUCAGCGCAUGGAAUAUUUACUUCCAAAGUACCCGAUUCAUCAGAUAUGAAUUUAUUGGGGUAUGCUCAAGCCUAGAACAUGGUCUGAGGUGGAUUUACUAUACCCAUAUAUUCUAUAAGAAAUCAAUCAAAUUAGCACAUGUAUAAAUCAUCUAUGAUAUGCGAAUUAAAAUAAGU